UUCUAAGGCCCCAAUUUUUCAUUUGAAAAAUGAGAAUCACUGUGUCUUUCAAAAGUUUUUUAAAAAGGUACAAUAAAAUGAAAAAAAAAAAAAAAGCUUAGCACAGUUCCAAGAAUACUGUCAACAGUGAAAAACUGGUUUUGAACAGCUACCCUGAGGCCAAUGCUUUUUAAUGCGUUCACAUAAGGAUCGCUCUGUCCAUCUCCAGAAACGGAGAAGUCAAGUUCUGUCUGCACCUUGUGAAUUAGAUAAAAUCUCAGCUCAACAACUUGAAACUAGCCAUGGGCCAAGUCGCGGUCUGGCCUCUGCCCCAAGACUACAAGUCCCAGCAUGCCGCGCGCCGGAUCUUGCCCGCCCCUUCCGCUCCAGGCACCACCUCCUCUUCAUGCGCCGGUGUGGGGCGCGCAAUGGAAACGGGAUGCUGGCUGCUCGGGGGGGAGUUCGAGGACUCGGUGUUCGAGGAGAGGCGGGAGCGGCGGCCUGGACCACCCGAGUCGUACCGCGCCAAACGCUGCGAGCCGCAGUGGUUUUAUGAAGAAACAGGGAGCAGCGAUGAUGUUGAAGCUCUGACUGUCCAGAAAUUCAAAGGGGACCUGGCCUACAGACGGCAAGAGUAUCAGAAAGCACUGCAAGAGUAUUCCAGUAUCUCAGAAAAACUGCCGUCUACAAAUUUUGCCAUGAAAAGGGAUGUCCAGGAAGGCCAGGCUCGAUGCCUUGUUCACCUGGGAAGGCACAAGGAAGCCCUGGAGAUUGCCACAAACUUGGAAAAUAAAGCAACUAACACAGACCACUUAACCACUGUACUCUACCUCCAGUUUACUAUUUGUUCCAGUUUGCAGAACUUGGAGAAAACCAUUUUCUGCCUACAGAAACUGAUUUCUUUGCAUCCCUUUAAUCCUUGGAACUGGGGCAAAUUGGGAGAGGCUUACCUGAACUUGGAGCCAGCACUCUCAGCAUCGCUUGAGUCAUCUCAGAAAGAGAACAGUUUCACCUCAAGUGACACGGCUAUCAAAUCCUCCUUUCCCCACUCAGGAAAAGACUAUCUUUUGUGUUUCUCUGAAACUUUGCCUGAGAGCUCUGUGGAAGUAGGCAGGGGUAAUAAGCAAAAGAAUGAGAAAGCUCUUAAAGAUAUUAAAAACCGUAUGACAGAAGAGAGAGCAGCAGUGUUGCUGGAAACUCGGAUGAAAGCUUGUGCCUCUUUUAUACGAACCAGGCUUUUGCUUCAGCUUGCCCAAUCUCAGCAAACAUCGUUUGCUUUGGAGAGGAACUUGAGGACUCAGCAGGAAAUUGAAGAUAAAAUGAAAAGGUUCAGCUUCAAAGAAGACACUUUGCUGUUGAUAGCAGAGGUUAUGGGCGAAGAUAUCGUCCCAGAAAAACUCAGAGACGAGGUUCACACGGAGGUCAAGUGUGUUGGCCCCGCGGCCCUGACUACCUUGGUGAUCGGGUCUUCGAAAGAGUUUGAAGACAAGUGGUUCAGAAAGAUCAAAGACCACGUCCAUCCCUUUGAAAAUCAGUUCCACUCAGAGAUACAGAUCUUGCCUUAGUGGUCCCUAUAAAAACAAAAAACAUCUUGUACUUCAGACAGAAUCCUCUGCUAAUCAUGGAAUAUACUGAAUUAAAAACAAUCAUCUGUUUUAUAAAAA